AUAGCAAAAGGAAACCACUCGCCAGUGACUGAGUUCAUCCUGGCUGGGUUGACGGAGAAGCCAGAGCUGCAGCUGCCCCUCUUCCUCCUCUUCCUGGGGAUCUACGUGGUCACGGCGCUGGGGAACCUGGGCAUGAUGGCCCUGAUCGGGCUCAGCGCUCCCCUGCACACCCCCAUGUACUACUUCCUCAGCAGCCUCUCCUUCAUUGACUUCUGUCAGUCCACCGUCAUCACCCCCAAAAUGCUGGGGAGCUUCGUGACAGAGAAGAACACCAUCUCCUACGCCGAGUGCUUGGCUCAGUUCUAUGUCUUCUGUUUCUUCAUUAUCGCCGAGUGCCACAUGCUGGCCGCCAUGGCCUACGACCGCUACGUGGCCAUCUGCAGGCCCCUGCUCUACCACGCCACCAUGUCCGCUCAGGUCUGUCUCUGGAUGGUGGCUGGGGUGUACGGCCUGAGUCUGAUUGGCUCCACAGCCCACACCGGUUGCCUGCUCAGACUGAGCUUCUGUAACGGUGUAAUAAACCAUUACUUCUGCGACCUCUACCCGUUACUGGCGAGCUCCUGCUCUAGCACGUUCAUCAACGAGGUGGUGGGGAUGACUUUCUGUGCGUUUAAUAUCAUCCUGCCGACCCUGACCACCCUGGGCUCCUACGUCCUCAUCGUGGCCAGCAUCCUACGCAUCCGCUCCACGCAGGGCAGGGCCAAGGCCUUCGGCACCUGCAGCUCCCACCUCUCAGCCGUCGUCAUCUUCUAUGGUUCAACAGCCUUCAUGUACCUGCAGCCGUCCUCAGUCAGCAACAUGGACCAGGGGAAGGUGUCCUCUGUGUUUUACACCAUCAUUAUCCCCAUGCUGAACCCCUUGAUCUACAGCCUGAGGAACAAGGACGUCAAGGUGGCCUUCUGUAAGGUCAUUGAAAGGAGACAUUUUCAAUGA